AUGGACAAAAGUGCCGGUGAUGGCGCUGAUAGUGCUGAAGAUUCAGGGUCUUCUCAGUCAUACCCUUCUACACUACCUGGAAUUCCAAAGCAGGGUAGUGCCAGGCAGUUGUUUCAACGUUUGCAAGGGCCAAUGGAGGAGGAGACUUUGAAGACUCAUUUUGAUAAAAUUAUCUCAAUUGGGCAGAAACAACGUUACCACAGAAAUCAGAAUGAUAACCAGGAUUUAAAACAAAUAGCAACUGUCCAUAAUUCUCAUGUUAUUGCUCUCUCCCAAGUUUGUCCAAACAACUUGAAUGGAGGACUUUUGACGCCCCUUGAUCUAUGCGAUACAAAUGUAACUAGCCCAGAUGUGCUAUCACUUGGGUAUCAAGGUUCUCAUGCUGGGGGUUUAGCAUUACCAAAUCACAGUUCUGUACCAUCAGUGCUUCCUUCGACUGGGUUAAGCUCUUCUAACCCCCCGCCUUCUGGUAUGAGUCUUGGCAAUAACUUGUCGUCACCAUCUGGUUCAAUGGCAGCCUCUGUUAGGGAUAGCAGGUAUGGAGUUCCGAGAGGCGUACCCUUAUCUGUAGAUGAACAGCAGAGAUUACAGCAAUAUAAUCAGAUGAUAUCCGGCAGAAACAUGCAGCAGUCUAGCAUGUCGGUUCCUGGAUCUCAUUCAGGAAGUGAUCGUGGUGUUCGCAUGCUUUCUGGUGCGAAUGGUAUGGGCAUGAUGGGUGGGAUUAGCAGAAGCAUUGCAAUGGCAAGGCCAGGAUUUCAAGGAAUGACAUCGUCAUCUAUGCUUAGUUCUGGGGGAAUGCUUUCGUCUAGUAUGGUGGGGAUACCAAGCCCUGUAAAUAUGCAUCCCGGAGUUAGUGCCGGACAAGGGAACUCAAUGCUGAGACCCCGUGAUACUGUACAUAUGAUGAGGCCUGGGCAUAAUCAAGGACACCCAAGGCAAAUGAUGGUUCCGGAACUUCCAAUGCAGGUCACCCAAGGAAACAGCCAAGGCAUUCCUGCUUUUAGUGGGAUGAGUUCUGCUUUUAAUAGUCAGACAACCACCCCAUCUGCUCAGCAAUACCCAGGACAUGUCCAGCAACAGUCUCAUCUUAGCAAUCCCCAUCCUCAUCUUCAAGGUUCAAAUCACACAACAAAUUCACAACAAGCCUAUGCAAUCCGAUUGGCAAAGGAAAGGCAACUGCACCAGCAGCGUUAUCUUCAACAGCAGCAACAGCAGCUCGCUGCAACCAAUGCACCGAUUCCACAUGUUCAAGCACAAAGUUCCCAGGCCCAAUCACAAAGUUCAUCUCAGCAAGUAUCUGUUUCCCCUGCAACACCAUCAUCUCCCUUGACUCCAAUGUCAUCCCAGCAUCAACAGCAGAAACAUCAUCUGCCACAACCUGGGUUCAGUAGAAAUCCUGGUUCUAGUGUGACUAGUCAAGCAAUGAAGCAACGACAACGGCAGGCACAACAGAGGCAGUAUCAACAGCCUGCGAGGCAGCAUCCUAAUCAGCCACAGCAUGCACAGCCUCAACAGCAGGCUAAACUUUUGAAGGGAAUAGGAAGAGGAAACAUGUUGAUCCAUCAGAACAAUUCUGUUGAUCCUUCUCAUAUAAAUGGAUUAUCUGUAGCUUCAGGAAGCCAACCUGUUGAGAAAGGUGAUCAAAUCACACAAAUGAUACAAGGUCAAACUUCAUAUCCUGGAUCUGGUUUAGAUCCAAGCCAACCACCCAAGCCCCCAGGUUCUGCUCAUCCUUCUAAUAAUUGCCAAUUGCAGCAGAAGGUUUCACCGGUUAUUUCAGGUCAUAUAGCUACACCAACACAGCCUGCCGCUGUUGCUCCCAACCAUAAUCAACUACAGGUGCAUUCUGAGUCAUUAAGCGCGUCUCAACCUGAUUCACUUAAAAUUGAUCAACAACCUGGAAAUAGUACUUCUCAAGUCAGUACAAGCACCUCAAUGUCUCAAGGUUCUAUGGAUUCAGCCAGUGUGUUAGCAGUUGCACCUACCGCGUCUUCUCAGUGGGAAACUUCAGAACCACCAUUUGGUUCCCCCAUGCCCAAUCCAGUUAUUCAAGUGAGCUCUAUGGAGGGCACAUCUGUUGGAAAUUCUGCUGCAACUGAGUCAUUGACUGUUAAUCAAGGGCUGGGCCCACGACAGUCAUCGGUUAACUUGCCUUCUCAUGCACAUACUUCCGGGGCACAGUGGCAGCAUCAUCAGCCUUUGUCUCUUAAACAACAGUCUUUGUUGCAACCGACUGUAUCUCAACAGUCAUGCCAACUACCAGAACAGCAUCAGCCGCAGCAACAAGAGCAGGAGCAACAUUUUCCCAGAGAUGCGGCUUUGCAACAUCAACCUCAACAAGUUCAAAAUCUACAACCAGAGCAGAGCAGUUUGCUUAUCCGUCCACCUAACUCUAAUGUGGAAUGA